AUGAUUAACUAAUAUUGGCUAGAGUAUCAAUAAUUUACUAUUGGAUUUUCACAAAUCAUACUCUCAAAAGACUCUAAAUAUUUCUGGAUCUUCAUUGAAAUAGUUGCUCAUUUUCAAAAACUAGCAUUACUUUUUCUUUUCAAUAUCAUUAUUGAAAUUUUACAAAUAAGAACUUUAGAUCGCAAUAUAAAUACAUCUAUUCACUACUCUUUAUUUGAAUUGAUUUCAAAAAUAACUGUUCCUACUAUUCUAAUACUAGAAAGCUUCCCUUAUUUUGGAAUUAUUAUUAUUCAAUUUUUGGUCAUUCUUUUACUCUAUGGACCUAUUUUAUUUACAUUCUUUAUUAUACAUAAGGAGAAGUUCGAGUAUUCUACAAUUAAAUAUUGUUCUUCAAUUGAUGAUCAAAACAAUCUAAAUUGUAUAUUAUUUAAACAUAUCAUUUUUUAGAUAAUCUAAAUUUACUAAAUCGUUCCUAUAAUAUGCAUAAUUUCAUUGAAUACUUUUUAUAAAAAUAAUUUAUGGGUAAUGAACAAUCCUCUUUUCAAUAAAUGGAAAAAUAUGCAUAAGCAACAUUUUUUAAUAUAUACCCUCAUAUCAUUGUAAUACCUUUACUUAUUUGGAAUCUUGUAGUUUGGUAGAUUAUAUCUUAUGAUAAUAAUUUAGAUAAUAUUCAAUUUCAUUUUAUGAUCUUCUUUAAUAUCUUAUCAAACAUAGGAACAGUUUUACUUUGGUAUUUAUCAAUGCAAAUUUAAUAAACCUACACAAUCAGAGAUCAAAAUCAUUUAAGAUUAGUUAAAUCCUUUUGGUUUAAUUUAUCAUAACUUAUUAUAGUUUUACCAGUCAUUAUCUAAUAGUUUUAUUUUAUAAUGUAUUCUGAAAGUGAAUAUGAUCAUAAUUCAACCCAUCAUUAUCUAAAUAUGGCUAUCGUUCUAAUUCUACAAAUUGGAGAUUUAAUCGAUUUCUAUCUCUCCCAUCCAUUUAUGGAUACAUAUAAAACUUAAACCAUCCUUAUAAUCAUUCCAUUUACAAUGACUGUUAUUAUUUCUUUAUUUUUCUAACAUACUUAAAUUGAAAUCAUUUCAAUUACACUUAUAACAGUCCCUUUGAUUUCAAGAUUGCUCAAUGAAUUUUCAAAAUAUCAAAACGAACAAAUAUUAUUUGAUUCUUAAUACAAAGAAAAAAAGAAGUCAAAAAUAAAAAUUUAAUCCAAAACAGGACUUCUUAUUGAAGAAGAAUAAUAAUUUGUAAUAGAAAAGGAAUUGCAUUAUUAAAGAUAAAUUUAACUUGAAUAUUUGAAGAAUCAAAACUACAAAUUCUUCAUUCAAUAUUUGAGGUUAGUGGACUUAAUGAAUUUAGAUGAUCAACAAUCAAUCGAAAAAGAUAAUUCUGUUAUCAAUGUUAAUAGAUCCAAAUUUAUUUUAAAUGUGAUCGUGUUAUUAAAACAACAUAUAUUAUAAUGUGAUAGUGUUUAUUGCUAUUGUAAAGGCUUUAGAGGAGAGGCCAGAAGAAUCAUAGAAAAUAAUUAUCAUGAACUAGAUAUGAGAAUUUACAAAUCCCUUAAGAUAAAAAAUAUCUCAAUCUAGGUUGAAUUAAUUAAAAGAUAUAUAAGAUAUUAUACAAAACUUAUAUUUGAAUUAGAAAAAGAAAAAGAAAAUGUUGAUAUCAUACGGAUAACAUAAUUAUUAACUUAUCUUGGCACUUCAGAGGAAUGUUAUUAAAUAUUGUUAUUAGUUAUGGAAGUUAAACAGAAAUUAAAAACUAAAUCAAAUCAUUUAUCUCAUGUAGUUAUGACUGUUUUAUUCAGUUAUAUCAAACAUCAGAUUUUAUUGAAGAUGAAUCCCCUUGUAAAAAUAGAAGAGGUUGAAGCAGCAUUACAAUACAAGGAUUUUAGAAUUACAGAAGUAAGAAGAGACAAACUUAUAUCUGAAAUCUUUAAUAAUAUUUAAGUGAAAUACGACUUUCUUAGAAGAUUGAUUGACACAAAAUAUAACUAUGAGAAAUUAUACUAAUAAAUAAACAAUAUGGUUGAUUAUAAUUUAGGAGUGAUCAGAAAAAUCGAAUAGUUUAAUUAAUUUUCAUUUUCAAGAACAAGCAUUUUAAUUUAUAUGUUUUACUCAUUUGAAAUCAUUAACGAUUUUAAUAAAUUUAUAAGAUUGAGAAAUAAAUUAAAAACUAAAAAUUAUAAGUUUUUUGAAAAUAAUUUGCCUAAUAAUAAUUAAUAAGGUCCAAAAGUAUGCUAUUUAAAGAUUAAUCUUGCAAGACAUGCUAAAAAAGGUAAAAUAUAAAGAGGAGAAAUAAUUCAAUUUUCAAAUAAUGCUCCUUAAAUGUUUGGAUAUGGAUAGAGAGAAUUCAAAGACGAAGUUUUAACAGUACAUUAAUUAGUAAUACCUCAUUUAUCAGUUAUUCAUGAUUAAUUAAUUGAAAUCUUCUUAUUAACUAAUCGACCAUAAAUACUUAGAAAAAAGAGAGGAUUAUUAGGAUAUAAAAAGAAUAAAGAUUUGAUUUUUGUUGAAAUGUUUAUUGACAUUUGUUUUAAUAUAUAAGGAGAUACAUUUCCAAUUUAUUGUUUUUUAAAAUAAAUAAAAUCAAAUGGAGAUAAUGAAAAUGUCAAAGGCCAUAUUUUCUUAAAUGAUGAAUUAAAAAUUGAAGGAAUAUCUACAAUAGCAUUGGAAUAAUUUAAAAUGAAAGAUGGAAGUGCAUUAUAUUAAAAAAAAAUACAUUAUUUAAUAUAAAACUUUAAAAAGUAUUUAGAUCUUCUAAAUGAUAAAGAGAAAAAGUUUUUAGAAUAAGAAGCAAUUCGUUAUGAUUAAGGAAGUUGUUCUAAGAAAUUAGAUAAUAAUGAAACAGAAUAACUAAUGAAUCAUUUUUCUAUAUCUGCUGAAGAUCUAUUAUUUAGAAUACCUAAUUAAGAUACAUUUUAAGAAAUUUAUAGUAUAUCUUGUAAAUUUAUAAUGACAAUAGGUAAAAUAAAUUAGAAAGAAUACAAGUCUUAUUUAAUUUAGCUUUAAAAGAUUACAUAUGCAGAUAAUACAAGUUAAAUUUGGAUAGAAUCAUAAAGAAAUUUAUAAUAAAGAACAGAGAUUAAUUUUAAUGCAUCUCCAAAUAGAGAUCUAUCUAAUUCAGAAAUUAGAAUGUUUACUGAUAGUGAUUAAAAUUGUGAAUUUUCAAACAUUAAUGAAUAAAAACUAAAUUAAUCAAUCAAUUUUUAAGAAUAUUAAUUUCAAAUUGGUCCAAAUUUUCAUAGUCCUUUUGAUUCUUAAAGAGAUCUACUUUUACUCAUAAAUGAUGAAAAGAGCUAAACUCCUAAUAUUAAUCAUGAAUAGAAUAUUAAUAGUAUUUAAAUUGAUGGAUAAAGUUUAUAAUAAUUACAAAUAAUAAGUAAGAGUUCAUAAAAGUUAUAGACUACAUAAAAACAUUAACAAUCUUAUUUUUAUAAAACUGUCUCUAAGAAAUCAUUUGAUGUUGAUAAUAAUCAAUCAGAAAAUUAAUAAAUUCAAAAGGAUUAAGAUAUUCGCAUUACAUAAACAGCAACUACUUCAAAUACUGGAUUGCCAUCUAUUUUAUAAAAAACACAUCUUUACACUAAAUUUUCUUCUUCAGAUAAUAAUCCAAGAUUAAUCAAUACAAUUUUAAUCAUAGAUUUUAUUAAUUUAUUAUUACUUUUGAUUCUCUCUUGUAUCUUCUACUUUAACUUUAAAUAUAAAUUAGAAGAUAAUAUGAAGAUUGUUGAAAUUUUAAAAGCCUUUGUAACUACAGAUUACACUAAAAAUACGUUAUUUGCUUUAGGAGUAGAUACAAAUUAAUAUAAAGAAAUUAAUAAUACAGAUCAUUUAAAUAAAUUACUAGAAUUAGUUUAAAAUAAUAGUGAAAUUUAUUUAUCUCAUUAUCAAGAAUAUUUAGAUGAUAGUCUUGUGGAAUCAAUAUUGUCUAAUAUAAAUAUUGACUAAUAUGACUUUUAUAGUGAGUAAAACUAAAUAGUAAGUGCAUGGACUGAGUAAUUCUAUGUUAUUUACAUGUUAUAAGGUUUAUAUGGAAUCGAUCUUAAUAAUGUCACAACUAUUAAACGAUUUAAUAAUUCAUUGACUUCACUCAUAAGGCAAUAUCAUGUACAUAAAGUAACUUAUGAAGAAAUAACAAUUAAAUUCUAAAGCUAAUUAAAUUCUAAUGUUUAAGAUAUAGAAACUCAAUAAAAUAUAUGUUUAAUUAUAUAUACUUUAGCUGAAGUCCUUUUUGUUUUAGUCUUUUUAGUAAUUUUUACUUAAACAUUUAAAUUAUUGAAUAGAAUUUUAAGAAGUUGUGAAUAAAUAUCUUUCAAAGCUUUAGAGACUGAAUCAAUUAGAUUACUCUCAUUAUAGCAUCAUUAUUAGUAAUCAUCUGAUCUAAAUCUAUAUUAAUAUUAGUUUUAAUUUAAAGACAAAUGUAAUUAGACCACAAAUUUCGAUGAAUUAUUUGGUAAUAAGAGAAUUUCAAUUCGUUAUUAAUAAAUAGUUUAAUAAUUAGAAUAAAAAAAACAAUUUCUUAUCGGAGAUGAAAAACCUUAUUUUUAAAGAUUCUUUUUUUUAUUCUCUGUUCUUACUUAUUUCAUUGGAUUGGCUUAUUUUUUGGCUAUAAAAUUAUUUAACUCUUAAAAUAUAGAGGAGUUAUAAAAUAAUUUGAAUCUUUUCAAUCAAAAUAUUAUUUACACAGAAUAAUUUUACUAAAUGAUGAUGGCUGAUUAAGUCUUAUAGAGAUUUACUAUUUCUAAUUCAAAUACAUAAUAAAGAAAUAUUUUUAUCUAAGAAUAUUAAGAACUAGUUAAUAAAUCUUAUAUUGAAGUUUCAACAUUUACUCAUCAAUUAUAUUCUGAAGCAUAGACAAAUUAUUAUGAUUUAAUGUAAUAUUUGACUUAAGAUGUUUGUAUUUUAAUAACUGAUGAUGAGAUGUGUAAAACUGUAAUAGAUGGAAAAUUGACAUAAGGUUUGAUUUAUUCUAUAGAAUACUUUAAUUAAAAAGUUAGGGAUAAUAUUCAAAAUUAUUAUAAUUAAGAUUCAUUAUCAAAAAUUACUAUUACAGAUUUAUUUGGUUUAAAUUUCAUAAGCAUUGGAUUUGAUAUUAUAAUGUCAGAAGGAAAAUCUUUUUUAAUAAAUAAAUUUGAACAUGAAAUUAACACACGACAAUUUCUUUUUAUUUUAUUUAAUGUUGUUUUUGUUAUUUAUUAGGGUUUGGCAUCAUUUUUAUUAUUUCGAUUCUUUAAAAAUCGUUUUUAUAAAAUAAGACAAUUACCUUAUAUUUUACCUCCAUAAUCUGUAUAUGGAGAAGAUAGUUUUUUAAAAACUUUGGUAUAUGUAGAAAAGAUAUAUGACAAUCUCUCAUAAUGA